AUGUCGACAACCGCGACAGCCCUUGUUCCCUCUCCCUCUUCUUUGAGGUCUAGCUACAGUCCCGCGCUCCAGACUGCUCAACAUGCAGUAUCGCAAGUCACAAAAGCCGUCGCAAACGCGCCCAGCAAUGUCUCUGGAAGAACGCCGAGUCUCGGUUUAUCUACGUCCAAACCUGUCGAGACUCCCACUCCUCCCUCCACCCCAGGAAAGUUUAGACACCCGAUGACAACAGAGAUUUUGAGGAGGAAUGCUGCGACAGCACUUACGGACAGAAGCGUCAAGGGUGCUGUGACCAAUGCUGCCGCGCUGCUUGUAACAUUCAUAUUCAGUGAUGUAUACUACCGCAGUUCCAGCGGCAUUGCCGACCCGACUCAAAUUUCCUGGACCGCCCUUCUCAUCAUCCGCCUCCUCUUCUGCCUCAAUAUCAUACUUCUCCUCCGACCCAUCAUGCCGUACAUAUCCAAGAAGGACCAGAUCACGGAUAUCCCAUUGACACCCUCCCAACGAUCCCUCCUGGGCCUCAAUCCGUCCGUUAAUCAAGGCCAGAGCCCGGCCGGCUCGGCGGCUAGCUACAUCACCCCUCCGCGCUAUCGACGUCUCUCUGCUUCGUUCGGCGGCAGUCCCACACAGGGCUAUGGUUCUGGCUCGACUGACCGCCGCAGUAUUUCGGCGAACUAUUCUUCAUCCCCUCUAUCUACAUCCCGCUACACCCUGGGCUUCUCACCCACACCCUCGCAAUCCCUCCGUCGCACGGCUUCAGGCUCACCGUUUUCCCCUUCUCCAACCGCAAGUCCUCUAUUCCACAAAGCUGUGAACCAGAACCAGUCCUCGCAAGUCUUAGAUGGUGAACUUGGCACCAACAAUCAUUCAUCGUUUGGAGCGAUCAGUGGCGGAAAUUCAGGCCUCAAUCGAUCCCAAAGUCUGCGUGAACGGAGACCGAGACGAUCGAGCUUCGAACCAACUUCGCCAUCCCCUACCAGAGCCCCGCAAGUUGUUCCAGGGUUAAAUUACAAAUGGUUGUAUGACAAGGGCAGGAAACUACCCAGAAGCGAUUCUUUUAGCGCCUUCUGA